GGUGAGGGGUCGGGGGUAACGGACUGAUUUCUGGAAUUUCUCGAGAAACUCAUGAGCAUGCGCCUUAUCGGUUCUGGAAACAUUUCCCUGCAUUGUAGCGACCGCAGCUAGAACAGGGCCAAAGGCCUGUCCUGUGGUUCCCUCCUUGCUGGCCAUCGUCGAUUGGAGUGGGAUGUUUUGGUUGAGGGAGAAUAAGAAACGGAGAUGAGGGGUCAGCCAGGCCGGAGGCUUAACACCUAUGGAGUACAGUCAUGAAUACUCAUUAAAUAACCCCUAAAGAAGGUAUGCAAGGAGAGGCCCAGGCACAAGAAAAAUCAUUCAAUAGUGGUGGAUGGGGAAAUCGGGUGAAUGACCGUAUAGUAGAGGUGGGAUGUGGUGACGCCUGAACCCAAAGGGAAAAGUUGGUGAGCCGCAGCGAAGUCCCGAAGCGGUUUGAAUCCGCCAGAGUUAAGCUCUCUCUCUUCCUUCUCUCAUCUUGCCCGCCAGCACUAAACCAACCUCCAACAUCCGCGCAAACCAUCAUAAUAGCUUUCUACCAGUCGCUUGAGUACGGCUCAUCGAUCGCUCCUCCUAUUUGAACCCGUCCCUUAUUUCACUCAUCGCGUAUCAUCAUGGCUGGUCGUGGAGGCGGUGGAGGUGGUCGCAAGACCUUGCUCGCGCCGAUUCAUUUUAUUUUCAAGCUUCUUCAACAGCGCUCCACCGUUUCUAUUUGGCUCUAUGAGCAAUUGGCUUUUCGUAUAGAAGGCAAGAUUAGGGGAUUCGAUGAGUUUAUGAACCUCGUCGUUGAUGAUGCGGUGGAGGUCAGGCUGGCUACAAAGACCGAAGAAGAGAAGCGCCGGCCUCUAGGCCAAAUCCUACUUAAGGGAGAUAACGUCUCACUCAUCCAAGCCGUUCAGUGAUCAUAGAGGCCGCAGGAAGCAUACGGAAAAGAAAUUUCAAAAAUGUUUUGCCAGGCUACGACAAUAUCUAUUUCUCUUUAAUCAUGUCUU